AUGGUAUUUCCAGGCUCUAAUUGCUUAUACUAUUAUUAUCAGUUUUUACUCAACUCUAAUAGUGAUGAUAUAUAUCAAACAAUCAAAUUCAUUUAAAACCUAAAAUACAUUGAUCACAAUAAUUCAUAAUAAAAGUUUUUAAAUAUCAAAAGAUUCUUUGAAAUCUAAUACUAAAUAUUCUAUAAUCUCAAUGGAAAAUUGAAUUAGCAGUAAAGAAAAUAUUAUUAAUUAUUAUCCAAAUUUAUACAAACUAUAAGAGAUGAAACAAACAUUACUUUAAUUCAAUAGGAAUCAACUAAUUUAUCAAAAUUUUUAAAUUCCUAUUUAGAUCAUUCAGCAAAAAUAUUUUUUAUUUUGAAGCCCUUAUUUUAAGACAUUUUAUUUGGAUUAGAAUAUUGCUAACAACAAAUAUUAUUGAAGAAUCCUAAUUCUACAAGAGAAAUUAUUAAAUACAAUAAUAACUCAAUUGAUUGUUUAUAUAUUUUAAAGGAUCCAAAAGGUCCCACAGUUUUAUUUUGUAAUCCAAAUGGUGUAUAUUAUGAAAACUUUUAUUAGAAUGUAAAUAAAAAUAAUAUUAUAUACUCUAGUUUACAACAAAAAAAAUGUAUAAACAGAAGAAUUUCAAUUUAAUUUUUUGGAAUUAUUGUGGAUAUGGUUUUAGUACUGGUACUCUUAGUACUAAAAAUUUGAUUGAUUGUGGAUUAUUCAUUGCUCAAUAUUUUCAAAAUAAAUACAAAAUUAAAACUUUGGGGGUUCAUGGAUAUUCAUUAGGAGGAAUGAUAGCAACAGAGAUUGCUUAUAAACUUAACCUAUCUUUUUUGGUUGCAGAUAGAACCUUCUCUUCAUUAGGUUAAACAGCAUCUAUUAUGUAUAUUUACAUUAUUUAUAUAUUAGGUUUAAUUUCUCAUAUAUGAAAUUAAUAUUAUAUUGCCUUGUUAACUGGGAUUAUCCAAACUAUUUAUCUUAUUAUAAUUUUAAAGGACCUAAAAUUAUAAUUCAAGAUGCUAAUGAUGAAAUGAUACCAUACUAAGCAUAAUUAUAAACUAGUUUGGUUCGGUUAUUUUUCACUAAUACAACAUAGGCUCAAUUAUAUUCCAAAUUUUAUUAAGAAUCUAAAUGUAUAUUUAUCUAUUUAUUAUUAUUAGAAUAUCUAGAUUUUUUUUUCUAAAAAAUUUUAUCUAAAGCUCAAACAAAUAGUUUAAUCUAAUCCUUAUAAAUUUUAAUUAAUUGUGAAAAUCAUAAUAAUAAUGGAAAAAAUCAUAAUAAUAAAAUUUAAUCUAAUAAUUAAUAGAAAUAUAAAGAAUUUGUAGAACUACUAUCUUAAAUAGAGUAUUGCAAUAAUAAUAUUUUUUAAGUCAUAAAUCAAAAUCCUACAUCAGAAAAAAUUGCAUUGUUUUUUGGUAGUUGCUUUAUUUUCGAAUAAAAUUUCAUAAUUUCUAUUAAAAAAAUACUUGCUAGAAUUUAAAAAUUUUUGAAUCAAAAUUCUGCUCAAUAUAAUGAAUUAAAUUAGGAUCACAUCCCAUAUCAUGAAUAAUUAAUACUUAAAACAAUUGUUCAAAUUGUUAAAAAUUUCAAGUCAACAAAACAAAUUCAAAAAUUGUAGGAAAUAAAAAAAAAGAAAACGCUUUUUAAUUUGAUAGCAAUACAUUGUGGGCAUAAUGAAAACAUAGGUUUAGAAGAUGAAAAAAAACUUUAGGAUUUUUUAAUGUCUAAUUUAAUUAUAUGA